CACUUGUUUUGUAUGCCCCUCGACUUCGGUCUUCGUCCCUUUCCCUUCCCCCGUCUGGUCCAGCCAGGCGAAUUCCCUAUUAUCGGAUUGGGAGAAGUGUGUAACUAAAUAAUUGAUCCAAGCCAAAUUUAGAUGGAAAUGAUUUGCAUUUUAUGCAAGUCAACUACGUAGUUGUAAAUAGUCAAGAAAACACCAGUGCGCGUAAAUUACAUAUUUCCCGGUUAGGCCGUCAAGAUGACCGGCUCAGGGGCAGAAAAUUACGAUGAAAUAAAUGUUUUGCCAGAUGAACUGCUGAUAUAUAUUUUUAAAUAUUUGCCAUUAGAAGCGAUACUGGUUUGUGAAAACGUAAGCCAACGAUGGCAAAAGUUAGCUCGCGACCCAUUAUUGUGGAAGCAUUUGCCUCUUGUCUACUCAGGGAAGCCAGGUCAGAGCGAAGUGAGUGCAAGAAACCUGGAGAUUAUAUCAACACACUACGAGUACAUAAGCUGCCUCAAACUUCAAUAUAUUUACAGCUAUCCUAUGAUUAGUUCAAUUCUAGAUAAAAUGGCUAACCUUGUUUGCUUAGAACUUGUGAUGUGUAGAGUUGCAAAAGGUUUUGAGAAUAUUUUAGAACGAUGGCCAAACUUGAAAAAGUUUAGCCUGAAGAAUUCUCUUCAGCUGCAAAGCGUUGAAGAUUUGUUGAUUCGAUUUGACAGAUUUGAGCAUCUUAAAUAUUUAGCAUUAUCGGAAUUUGGUCUUAAUGCAAAUAAUUGUAAUAGUUUGCUACAUUGUAAACAAUUGACUCAUAUUUUCAUUGAAAAGAUUAGGGAUCUCCCUUUGGAAUUUGUGAGUGAGUUUAUAAAGUCAAAACAGGAAAUUUUGCAUACGCUGCAUAUCUACGGAGGUAAUGGGUUAGAUGACAACUGUGUGAUGAUGUUGUCUAAAUGUCCACAUUUGACAGAUUUAGCUAUUAUAAGAUGCGAAAAUCUUACAGAUAUAGGUCUUAUUGCUUUGGUGAAUUUAAAGAAAAUUGAGCAUUUGCAAAUCUGGAACAAUAAUAAGUUUACCGAGGACAAGCUGUUAAAGACUUUAAGCAGCCCUUCUUUAGUAACACUAAAGAGUUUGAGCUUAUCUAGAAUCAGCAAUGUUUCCCCAGUUGUGGUGGAUGUAAUAUCAGAAAGUUAUAAGAAUCUCAAAUUCCUUGCAGUAUAUCAAUGCGCUAGGAUUAUUAACACUGAUUAUGAAAAACAGCUUAAAUCUAAGUUCAGGAAUAUUGAAGUGGUUUUAUAUUAAAGUUUCAUCUCAUACAAGAUAUUACAUUUUUUCUGAUGCUAUAAUAGCAUAUUUACCCUAUUUUAAUGAACUAAAUGAAUAAAAUAGUACGAAAUAAUUUGAAAUCCACAUAGUACUGAUGCUAUAAUAGCACAUUUACCCUAUUUUAAUGAACUAAAUGAAUAAAAUAAUACGAAAUAAUUUGAAAUCCACAUAGUAUAUUCACUGUAAUAAAUAAUGGCAUUUCAAUUGAGAAAACUGACAAUUCAACAUUCUUCUAAUGUUUUCACUAAGAUACAUUUUAAAAACUACUUACUAUCAUUUGUCUUUUAAAGUGAAAUUUCUACAAAAUGUAUGACAUAGAACAUUCAACAAAGAUACUUAGAAUAAUAAUGUAACAUUAUACCUAUGUGCAUAGCAUACUGGUUACUGGUAUAAAUCUGCUAUGAGAAGUAAAUAAUAAAUUGGUGUAGUCCGCGACCUGGGGGGUUAAAAAGGCCACAUCAAAACAAUUCAUCUAAAAAAGCAAUAUUGUGAUUUGACAUUUGUGUGCAUUGCACACUUACUUUUAUAUGCGCAGUUUGCCUACAAGUUAACAGAGAAACCUUAUGCAAAAAAAAUACUUUAUAGUCCAUUGUAGUAGGUCACCAACCCGCAGGGGAGCAACAUGGUGGAGUAUGCUCUGUACCUCCUCCAGUUGAUUGAGAAGAAGCCUGAACCCAGCAGUAGGUAGUGUAUUUAGGUAGGCUGUUUAUGUUAUGUAGUGGAAUGGUUUGGGCUGUGUGGUGAUGUAUCCUUUUUAUAUUCAGACACAAAGCACAGCACAAACAUAUUUUGGUAAACAUUUUUUAAAAUAAAUGUAAUGUAUGCUACUCAUAGAAAAGUGCCCAUUGUUUGUAUUUAUUGGUCUAUAGAAAAUUCAUACUAUUGUGAAGCUAAGAUUUAUUUCAAUUAAUGUACAUACUUAACAAAAUCCAUAGUACAAAAAACAAAAGUAACAAGUUUUGUUGAGUCACUGCUGUGAAAAAAUAUAUCUACUGUAUAAUUGUUAACUUUCUUUAAUAAGUUUUUAAAUUUUAUUGUUUAUGGUAAUUUAUAUAGUUGUAAGACAUACUAGUUGAUAAGACCUAUUUAUUUUAAAGAUACGAUUAUUAUACUCUCAUCUCAUAGCGUUGUUACAGCGUAUUAUAUUAUACAUAAAAUCACA